AUGAAAUCCUUGGCGAGGCUCACCUCUCUGUCGACUCAGACGUUAUCCCUGUUGCUGGAGCGGCAACGGCUGCAGACGCUUGCGUCCAACUCUUCAACAUCCCUGCACGGCCCGCAGAUCGCCAAGAACCUCGAGCAGUUGCGCGCCGGGAUCGUCGAGCUCGAGCAGAACGGCGCCCCAUCGGAGGCCUCGCGCCUGCUCCGCCAGCAGCACGAGCGCAUGCGGGGCAUGCUCGGGCCUGACGCGGACGCGCUGGGCGUGCAGAGGUGCGCGGAGCCGCAACCAGACCCGAUGCCCGACGCGCCAUCCUCGUUUUCGCUCGCGACCGCAGGCCCACCACACACGUCGUCCAGCGACCCGCACUUCGCGCCGUACUCGGACGACCCGGAGGCGGGGUACUCGAACGGGGAGAUGCUGGAGCAGCAGCGGAUGAUCAUGGACGACCAGGACGUGCGCCUCGACGAGCUCUCGCGCUCGGUCUCCCGCCAGCACGACAUCUCGCUCCAGAUCGGCGACGAGCUCGACGUGCACACCGGGCUGCUCGAGGGUCUCGACCACGAUCUCGACCACACCGACACGAGGCUGCGGGGCGCGAGGAGGAGGUUAGGUCGGGUCGCGCAGGGCGCGAAAGAGAACGGUUCGGUCCUCAUGAUUGGGCUUUUGAUUCUCGUCCUCUUCAUUCUUAUCAUCGUCUUCAAGACAUGA